AUGAUUAUGCAGAAAUACCCUGAGGUGAGAAAACUCACAGGGUAUGAACCAAAGACCAAGUGGUAUGUGAUUGGUAUUGUUUUGUUACAAAUAUCAAUUGCCUUCUACCUUAGAAAGACUCCUGUUUUGUCCUGGAAGUUUUUCAUUUUGGCGUAUGUUAUUGGAGCCACCGCCAACCAGGCUAUUUUCCUUGCGAUCCAUGAAUUGUCUCAUAAUUUAUUGUUCAAGAAACCAAUCCAUAAUAAAUUGUUUGCCAUUUUUACCAAUAUCCCUAUAGGUGUUCCAUAUUCUGCAUCUUUCCAACCAUACCAUCAAUUGCAUCAUAAAUUUUUGGGUGAUAAAUACUUGGAUACAGAUUUGCCAACCAGAAUUGAAGCUAUUAUAUUAUCAAACCCAUUGGGAAAGACGUUCUUUGCAACAUGUCAGAUUUUCUUUUAUGCGUUGAGACCAAUGUUUAUUACCCAGAUUAAGUUUACAUAUAUUCAUUUGUUGAAUGUGAUGUUCCAGUUGAUUUUUGAUCAUUUUAUGGUGAAAUAUUUGGGGUGGAAAGCUUUGGGGUAUUUUAUUAUGAGUACAUUUUUGGCUGGUUCAUUGCACCCAUGUGCUGGACAUUUUAUUGCUGAACAUUAUGUGUUGAAUGAGAAUAAUGUGCCAAGAGGAGAGAUGAUUAAAGGUACCAACAUUUCCAAGGAGUUGUUACCAGCAGAGACAUAUUCCUACUAUGGAUCUUUGAAUCUUCUUACCUGGAACGUUGGAUACCACAAUGAACAUCAUGAUUUCCCAUACAUUGCUUGGACCAAGUUGCCAGAAUUGAGAAAAAUUGCCCCUGAGUUUUAUGAUCCAUUGCCACAAGUGACCUCAUGGUGUGGAGUUAUUUGGUGGUUUAUCACACAUGAUGUAAACAGAGUGUGGAAUAGAGUCAAACGUGAUGGUAAAGAGAAGCACGGAUACAAGAUAGAAAAAUUAGACGAAAAUUAG